CAUAACCUUGAUUUCCACUACGACAGAGAGAUCUCGAUCCCAUUACGUGUCGCAAGGGUCUGAAUAAGGGGAAUCACUAAAUCAGAGGACACACAUGCAAACCAAAUAGACGGUGACAAGGAAUAGCUCCCUGCUCUGCCUAUGGAAGGAAGGUAUAGGCAUCUUAAUCAAGCCUCUCGACUCCCUUAGUUUGGUAAGUGCCUACUCUCCAAGGUGCUACUCCCCGGAGCUCUUGUCCCCCUAGCCCCCCUCACCCACCCCCACCAAGAAAACCAACCGGUGGUCCUCCGUCCACAUAAUCCAAUACCAACACCUCACUCUCACCUCGGUCGACCCAAUGUCUUCUACGACCAUGUAUAUAUGUACAUGUACCCUCCAUCCCAGAUGCUAACCUCUUCUUCUUGUUGAAAUUUCGUUUUCUCCUCCUCCCUCCGACCUUCUUCCUCCCUCUCGACUCUUCUCAUUUUACCUAGAACUGCUGCCACCUUCACGCAGCCUGCGACUCGUCUUAUAGUAUCCUCUGCAGUGAUCGACAUUUGGCCGGUCCAGUAGGAAAACAUCCGUAUUCGAAACGAGCCUCCUAAUCGACGACGCCUGGACCUGCAAAGAAUAGGUAAGCCUCCUGUCGAGCAAAUAGCCAAUACCCCAGAUUUCCUCCCAGCGUCUGGAUCCUACUUCCUUGUUGGCACCAGGCAAUGGCCCUGUUUCGUUCGGCCUCUGAAGUACUCAUGGCAAACUGCCCGAUCAUUGGGGCACGAUGGCGUCAAAAGCACCUCACUAUGGAGCUCAAAGUAUUUGGUCCCCACUGCUGCAGUCUUGGAACGGACUGGGGGGAGACGACCUGGAGACUGCCUACAGGCGGUGUCAUACGCCCUGUGCUGUCCUAGUAGGGGAGCGCAAGUGAUAACGAACUGGGUACUCUGAGGCUGCCCCCGAACAAUCUCAGUGUCACUGCCAGUCUCCAGCGCCUGGGCUGGUUGUCAUGCUGCAGCCUGCCCCUCACUAAGAUACCUACUCACAGGCCUGAAUUGGUACACGGGACAGCCCAGCAUGCGGAGCGUCUCCAACCUACUUCAGUAGUAGCUCUUGUCGUGUCCCUUUCUGUGCCAUUGUGAAUCUGCCGAAUACCGGCUCUUUCAGGUGGCAAUCCAUCUACACUCAUUAACUGGCUGAUUUUCUGGCCAUUUUUAUGGACUGUUGCUGACCUUGCAAUCAUUGAUAGACAGACACGUUGCUCUCGCUACGCAUUUAUUUACCUACCCCGCCAUUCCGUACCUGUCAACGGGCAUUGAAUACCAUCAAAGGAAAAGACGGUCCAAGACAAAACAACGACGAUCAGUCAACCACUGCGUUACAAAGCCCAUUGAGUGAUAUAGCAAUCAGUCAAUCAAACACGCUCAUUGCUGUCCUAUCCAGUGGGAUCUCGCGCACCUCUUCCCGCCCCCGCUUGAGACGCUCUGCUCAUCGACAUCGAAACCUGCAUCGCUUUUUUUUACUGGUACCCCGGUCACGGUCAUCGUCUUUGGUCGAUCGUCGAUUCACCAUUCACCUGACCCAUCAUCGGUCCAUCCCAUUUCCAUUUCCAGCCGCCCAUCCAAUCCAAUAACUAGAUUACCUCUCUGUUCUUCACUUUAUCUCGCACCGCACCGCACGCCAGGCCCAACAUAUAGCUUUGACUACGAUCUUGGACGAUUACGUCUGCGCCCCGCCCACCAUCAUCUUUACCUCAUCUUGGUGUUCCUCGUUUUACAGCCAGGAAACUGUCUACUUUUUCUCUUCACCCUCAAACCUCUCGUCCAAAAAAAAUCACAUAUUCACCAUGGCCGAGUUCGUACGCGCCCAGAUCUUUGGCACCACAUUCGAGAUCACCUCGAGAUACUCCGAUCUCCAGCCUGUUGGCAUGGGAGCUUUUGGCCUCGUUUGCUCUGCCCGGGAUCAACUUACCAACCAAAAUGUCGCAGUCAAGAAGAUCAUGAAGCCUUUCAGCACACCUGUGCUCGCAAAGCGCACAUACCGUGAGCUCAAGCUGCUCAAGCACCUCAAGCACGAAAACGUCAUUUCUCUCAGCGACAUCUUUAUUUCUCCUUUGGAAGAUAUCUAUUUUGUCACAGAGCUUCUCGGUACCGAUCUUCACCGAUUAUUGACAUCGCGCCCUCUUGAGAAGCAGUUCAUCCAGUACUUCCUCUACCAGAUUAUGCGAGGUCUGAAGUACGUGCAUUCGGCCGGCGUUGUCCACCGCGAUCUCAAACCCAGCAAUAUCCUCGUCAACGAAAACUGUGAUCUCAAGAUUUGCGACUUUGGUCUUGCACGAAUCCAGGACCCUCAGAUGACUGGUUAUGUCUCCACACGAUACUACCGAGCCCCUGAAAUUAUGCUCACCUGGCAAAAAUACGACGUCGAGGUUGAUAUUUGGAGUGCCGGUUGCAUUUUUGCUGAGAUGCUUGAGGGCAAACCUUUGUUCCCCGGAAAAGAUCACGUCAACCAAUUCUCUAUCAUCACUGAGCUACUUGGUACCCCUCCUGAUGAUGUUAUCAACACCAUCGCCAGCGAGAACACACUGCGGUUCGUGAAGUCGCUGCCCAAACGCGAGCGACAGCCUCUUCGUAACAAGUUCAAGAAUGCCGACGAUUCGGCUAUUGAUCUGCUGGAGCGCAUGCUUGUCUUCGAUCCUAAGAAGCGAAUAACUGCCACAGAGGCCCUCUCCCACGACUAUCUCUCUCCCUACCACGACCCCACAGACGAGCCCGUGGCGGAGGAGAAGUUUGACUGGAGCUUCAACGACGCCGAUCUCCCCGUUGAUACAUGGAAAAUCAUGAUGUACUCGGAAAUUCUCGAUUAUCAUAACGUGGAAGCCGGAGUUACUAACAUGGAGGAGCAAUUCAACGGACAAUAAAUGGGGGAUGUGGUUAAUAACGGAGGAGGAUGCUACCAGUGCAUAACGAACUUGAGGAAGAAGCAGACCACGUCACAGUGUCGAUGAUACCACGAAAUCCAACGCAUACGCCCAUGAUCCAUAUAUCUUACCACAAUCACACUGCCCCGUGCCCGUAUGAAAAAGAGAUGCAGGAAGACGCGACAAGACGUGAAAGGAGACGAACCGACAAUAUAUCCAUCGCAAGAAACAGGCAUGUACAUGCAAAAUAUACGAACGCACGUAAGGUGUUGGGGAGACAGGGAAAGACUUGGCUUUGGCUUUGAUUUUGGAAUUAAGGAACAAGUUCCUCCAUGAGGAAGAUGUCCGAUCGUCUUUGACAAUGGGGAGCUUCGUUUUAUUUUCACCUGUUUAUUGCUGUCUGGCUCUCGCUUUUCCAAUCACGCCUGCUUUUCUAUUCGGUAUCUGUUCAAGCAAGGAUGCAGCGGGGCAUGAAAAUACACGACGCACAGGGCUUUUAGGUUACAAAUGAUUCUUCUGCUCAUUUAGCUGGCUCCCAGCUGUCUGAGGAAAUUAUAGAGCUUGUGAAUGGAAUCUUUAUUAAAGAAGUCUGCCUUGAUCUUGUCGACACACCUCUCCAUUGAUAAGCCAUGAGGACGACGCAUGGAUGUCACAGACGGAUGUAAGCUAUUUCUCACUUUUGGACUCAUUCAUGCUCUGACGUAUUCAUCUUCAGUAUCCAGACAUACAUAGCCUAAACAAAAUGCUCCUUCGUUAAAUGCCCUGUUGGGAACUCUCCGUCUCUAGCAAAGUCUGCAGGUCCUCCAUUUCGCCGCUAUGGUAGACCAUGUCGUAGAACUGGCCUCUACUGUUGUACAAAUCGCGAGGUGAGCCAUACCUGGAGAGGAUUGUCAGUUACCAGUCUGAAAAGAACCAGAUUCACUAAGAUCUUACUCAAGAACACGCCCC